AUGCGUGUCUUGUGUCUACAUGGAAUGGGGAGCAAUUGUCGUAAAGCUGCACUACGUUAUGAGCUUGGAGAUGAUUACAGCUACGACUUUGUCGACGGGCCUGUCCUUUGGGAGAAGGAUAGAGAUCUUGAUCAGUAUGUGAUGGGAGACGAAAAUACGUACGCCAUUUGCGACCCGACGAAGCCAGAUUCCUGUAUCCAAGCAAUUGAGAACCUUGAGCAAUACAUUCUAACGGAGGGUCCUUACGACGGCGUGAUGGGGUUUAGUCAGGGUGCGAACAUUGCCCUUAGCUGGAUGAUUAAGAAGCAGCGGGAGAAUAAGAGGAACAAGACACAGCCGCUACCUUUCAAAUUUGGGAUCUUCUUUUCUAAUCCCUGGGGGGUGUACGAUGCCAACGCACUUGCGGAUGGCCAACUUGUUUAUCUAGAUCCUGCGGCCUUUGAAGGACUGAUCGACUUGCCAACUGCACAUAUCUGGGGCACGGGGGACAAGGACCGUGCAAUGGCUCAAAUGAUUAGCAAUGCCUGUGUGGCAGAAAAACGAUCGGUCUUCAUCCACGACCAGGGGCACGAGAUUCCACUCAAGAAAGACGCUGUAAUUUCGAUGGCGAAGGUCAUUAAUCGGGCAAUGGCGCAAGCUCAAUUUGUGGAGCUUCCAUAG